AGGCCCUAAAAUCACCUUGACCCAGUUGCCACCAUGGCCUACUUGGGACUCCUGUGCUUUUUUGCCUUCAUCGGUGCCUCUUUAGGUCUCUUCAUGAGGUUGGAAGAGGGACCAUUGACCACUGGACCAGGCUGUGGUGUCCCUGCCAUUGAGCCUGUCUUGAGCGGCCUGGCUAGGAUCGUCAAUGGUGAAGAUGCUGUCCCUGGCUCCUGGCCCUGGCAGGUCUCCCUUCAGGAUAAAACCGGCUUCCACUUCUGCGGGGGAUCAAUCAUCAGUGAAGACUGGGUGGUCACUGCUGCCCAUUGUGGUGUCCUGAAAUCUGACGUGGUAGUUGCUGGUGAGUUUGACCAGGGUUCUGACGAGGAGGAUAUUCAAGUGCUGAAGAUCUCCCAGGUCUUCAAGAAUCCCAAAUUCAACUACUUCACCGUCAGCAAUGACAUCACUCUGAUCAAACUGGCCACUCCCAUCCAAUUUUCAGACACCGUGUCCCCCAUCUGCCUUCCCAGCUCUACCGAUGACUUCCCUUCAGGCUCGAACUGUGUCACCACAGGCUGGGGGCUGACCAAGCACACAAAUAGCAACACCCCCGAGAGGCUCCAGCAAGCCGCCCUGCCCCUGCUGUCCAACGCCGAGUGCAAGGAGUACUGGGGGAGCAAGAUCAAAGACACUAUGAUCUGCGCUGGGGCCAGCGGUGUUUCCUCCUGCAUGGGUGACUCUGGUGGCCCACUGGUCUGCCAGAGGGAUGGUGCCUGGACCCUGGUGGGUAUCGUCUCCUGGGGCAGUAGCACCUGUUCCACCUCCAGCCCUGGUGUGUAUGCCCGGGUCACAGAGCUCAUACCUUGGGUGCAGGAGAUCCUGGCUGCCAACUGAGUUUCCUGCAAGAGAUGGGCCUCUGCAUUUCCCGUGUGCCUGCCUGACAUCUCAAUAAACUUCCUGGAGAAAGAA